GGCUGAGGAGGCAAAACAAUUUUUAGAAAAAGCCCUGGAAAUUGCUGAACUGGAAAUGUCGGAAUUAGAAGGAAACGACUUUGUUGCCGAACUACGCCAAAUAGAAAAUUCCGAGCAAAAGAUAAUUAAUUUUCGCAUUUCAACAUUUAAAGAAAUAGUGGAAAAAGGAAUCAACAGAGCACUUAAAAACGAAAAUCCACAUGUUCCUUAUAACAAACUAACUGGCGACCCAAAAAGUAGCAUUCUCCAAGUAAAUAGCGAACAAGAUAAAUUAAAUGCUUUUACCGAAACUCUAAGUCAAAUUAAAACCAAGCGUCAGAAAGUUGCUGAGGAUUUACUGCAAGAAUUAAUUAACGAAGAAACCCCUAAUAACCAUAGUGAAUUACAAAAUUAUCUCAACAAUUUACAACAAUUAAUUCCACACAACAACAAUGUUGCGAACCGAGCAGCCGAAAGAAAAAAUUCGGACAAUACUGACAUAAAACUUAGCGUGCCGCAAAUUGAGGCCUAUCGAAGCAAGAAAAACGAUAUUGAUAAAAAAGAAUCAAAAUUAAUUCAUGCUCUGGCUUUAUUUGAGGAUGAUGAGAAUAAAUUAUGA